UAGCUCAUGACAACGACGGAAAGAUGGUGGAAGGCAGCGAAAUCCGCGUGGUUCGCUGUGGUGGAAGCAAAAUAAACACAAGAUCACCGAUAAUCACUAUCGAUUCAAGGUUUCUACUAUGUGUGUCGGGGGACCUAGUGAAAGUGUACAGCACCAAAACAAAAGAACUGGUGCGCGUUUUAGAGGGUCACACAAACCAAGUGACGGGGAUCGCCCUCAAUCCAGCCAACCAUCUUCAGGUCUAUUCCUGUUCAGUAGAUGGCACCAUAAUGCUGUGGGACUUCAUGGAUGGGAUUCUGAUUAAGACAUUUGUCGUCAGUUACCCAAUAUGUGCCCUGUAUGUCUCCUCGAAACACCAAGGGGUCAUUUUCUCAGUCAUCCCCAUAGCCUCUGGGAAAGCAGAGUCUUUCCAGCUGGUGGCGGUGCAUCUGCCGCGGGCUGUGGAGGUGGAGGUGGACGCCCCCGAGCUCAGUGCGGUCAUCACAGACGUCAGUGCCAACCCCAGCGCCACUGCCUUUGGCAGAGAGGGGGAAUACCUGGCCUCAGCAAAGGGGCUGCAGCUCAGUGUAUAUUUUUUCCGAAAGCAGAAGACAUACAGGUUCCUUCUGACGGCCUCGGACAAGAAGGGGGCCAAGAAUGGAUUCUCCUGUGUGGCCUGCCAUCCCAAGGAGGACUGCAUCGCCACAGGGCAUGAGGACGGCAAGAUACGACUGUGGAGAAACUUCAACCACAGGAAGGAGUACACAUACACAACAAUCCACUGGCAUCACAACAUUGUUAACACCCUGUGCUUCACCCCAGAGGGCACCAAUUUGCUGAGUGGAGGGAUUGAGUCUGUGCUGAUCCAGUGGCAGUACGGGGACAACAAGAAGGCCAUGCUGCCGCGCCUAGGGGGCGCCAUCACGCAUGUCUCCGCCUCUCCCGACGGCACUCUCUACUGCACCUGCCACUCGGACAACAAGAUAACGCUUAUUCAGAGCAGCAUCAAGGUGUGUGGCAUCAUCCAGGGCCUGGUCAAAGGUGAUGCUGUGCGCACGGACCUGCUUAUCGAUCCCCGCAGUAAGGCCCUGGUUCUCAAUGGAAAGCCUGGUCACCUGCAGUUCUACAACCUCAAACAUGACCGGCACCUCUACAAUCUGGACAUUGUGCAGCAGGAGUACAUCUACGAGGAGGGACUGGACCAGUACGAAGUGGUGAUGGCCGCGUUCGACAGCACGGGCUCCUGGUUGGCCACGGUGGAGGAGCGCGGUCUCAAACUAAGCACCCUGGAGUUCAGUCUUAAGCUCUGGGCCUACGAUAAGACAACACAGAGCUUUUCCCUGAACACCACUGUGAAUGCCGCCCACGAUGACCGGAUUAGGUCCAUGAGCUUCUGCCCCAGUAGCGAGACCACCAUGCUGGUGACCACCUCCAAGGACGGACACUUCAAAGCCUGGUUGCUCGGGGCUGACGUGGACACGGAGAAAGAUAGCGACUCCGCAUCCUGGUCAUGUGACUUUGUGGGCAGCUACCACGGCCUGCUGCCCACACGCUGCAGCUUCUCAGCCGACGGCUCCCUGCUGGCCGUAAACUUCCGUGAAGUCAUCACGCUGUGGAACCCUGAGACCUGGGAGCUCCUGUCCACCCUCUGCCUCCCCCCAGGGGACAUCAGGGAGCUGUGCUUCGGGAACCAGAGCUGCUCAAAGUACCUUCUCAGCACCACCACCAAGAACAUGCUCUGCUGCUGGAACCUUCUCACCUGCUCAUUGGAGUGGAGCACGUCGAUGGAUGUGGUGUUGCUCAAGCCUGACCCACUUUCUGAAAAUGUGGUCGCCUUCUCCAAACAAGAUGGUCACACUGACUUGUUUGUUUUCAAGCCCAGCGAGCCGCGGCCGCUUUUUACCCAGAAGGCCGUGUGCAUGGGGGAAGUCAGCCGCGCCAUCUUUGUGCCACGGAGCGAGCUUCUGGACAGCUGUGAGGAGCGCUCCCAGUGGCUCAACCGCUCCCAGCUUUACUUCCUCACAGAGAACAUGGACCUACUGACACUUUGCACCAAAACAGAGGAGGAGAGGAUGGCCGCAAUUAGUAAACAGCUCGUUGCCGAUAAGAGCGUCGCCGUGACGCCCUUCUAUCUGUUGCUAGGUAAGCACAGGCGACAGCAGGAGCAGCAGGACAAGCUGGACGACUCCCCCCACGGCAGACAAGCAGAGAGGCCCGCGCUGCCCCAGGGCUCAGUGGCCAUCAAAGAGCUGUUGCACACACCAGCACAUGUGUUGCCCUCGGCGUCGUUCCUGUGCUCCAUGUUUGUGGGCUCUCUGCUUACAUCUACAACAGACAACAAAAACACAGCGGACCAACCUCCAGAUGAGGAAAUGGACAGUGAGAAGGAGGAAGAGGACUCUGAGGGGGAGGAGGCCACUCGUGACGGCCAGGUUGACCCAAGCAACCUUCAAGGUUCCGUAGUGGACCGCAUGCCCAGACUGUCCAAGACCCAGGAGAGGCAAUUGCGGAGUGUCAGGAAAACAGACUACAGCUGGCUCAGCAGCCUAGCGGACGCCUAGGCCAGCCCCAAACAUGACUCAGCAGACUGAACUCUCUCCACUUUUCUUUAGUUGAUUUUUUUUUGUUGUUGUUGUUGGUCACAUUCAUCGGUCUCCCACGCGCUUGGAAACGAUUUAAGCAGAUUUUCUGUUUAAAUAAUGUAACAGGGUGGUGAAAUAAGCCCUUGAAUGUGUGGCUUUUGAAAAGCAUAAUGUAAAAUACAAGUGUGCUCUUCAAAGACGGACUGACAAAGAACACCUGUGAAUGACGUUAAGCAAACAUCCAUUUCUUUGGCUGGGGCACCUUCGGCCUCCAGAUCAAGCUUACGCCAUUCAUCCCUCUGGACUUCUGGAGGUUUUUUUUUUUUUAUAAAAUAAGUUUUUAUAUUGGUGAAGUCUUGCAUGACUUGAGACCCUGUAAGUGUCUAAGAGCUUAUCCUUUCAUGAAAUUGAACACUGUACACAGCCACGUUUGGUCUGUUUGCUUUGUGUAAAGAAGCCGCACCACCCA